CUAGUCUCCUUUCGCUUGUAAUGCCAGAACGGAAGCGUUAGCCGUUACGCUCUUUUGGCUAAUGGUUGCAGGCUUGUCUUCUAGUGGCUUUGGUCCGUAUUACGCAAAGUGGAAAAGCUGGUCCAGGUGUGGGACGGACAGGUAAAACAGGUACGGGACUGUGUGAAACUGACUCUCCGGUCGAUGUACAAUUCUUCCCGGUUUUAUAAAGAAAGCACAUAUAAUAAGCCAAACUGACUGCGCUGAUAUUUAUCUAAAGAGGACAUCAGGAUGAAGAACGAGGGAAACACAGAUAAACGGCCUGACAACACUGCAUUCACGCAGCAACGGCUCCCAGCAUGGCAGCCCAUUCUCUCCGCUGGCAUCGUCAUUCCCGGCUUUCUCCUCAUUGGUUUGGCUUUCAUAGGCAUCGGAAUUGGCCUCUUUCUGACCUCACAGACCAUCCAAGUGCAGGAGAUGGAUUACACAGGCUUUGAAGCAGAUUCACCCUGUUUCAAGUGUACGAGACUAAGCAACCAAAACUGCACCUGUGAAGUCACAUUCUCCCUCAGCACAUUAUUUAAGGGUCCUGUCUUCUUUUACUAUGGCCUGUCUAAUUACUACCAGAACUUCAGAAGAUAUGGUGUGUCAAAAGAUUAUAAUCAGCUCACUGGCGAUACACUAUAUUUCAAGAGUCCAGACAGGGAUUGCGAUCCAUUUUCGAAAGACUCAAAACAGAACUACAUUGUCCCGUGUGGCGCUAUAGCGAAUAGCCUUUUCAAUGACACAUUUGAGCUCUACCAAAUAAUCAAUGAUACGAAGAAGCAGGUGCCAUUAGAUGGAAGAGGAAUCUCCUGGUGGACUGAUUACAACAUAAAGUACAGGAACCCUUCGCCUGUGAAUGGCUCCUUAGCAAAAGCUUUUGAUGGUACAGUGAAGCCCAUUAACUGGCCCAGGCCAGCAUACGAGCUGGACCUCACAGACCCAAACAACAAUGGUUUCCUGAACCAGGACUUUCUUGUGUGGAUGAGGAGGGCUGCACUUCCUCAGUUCAGGAAGCUGUACCGGCGAAUCACAGAUGGGGAUUAUGCCGCGGGGCUCCCUGCUGGAAACUACUCUCUGACAGUGCAUUACAACUACCCAGUACUGAGUUUUGAUGGACGUAAGACGGUGGUCUUCAGCAAUGUGUCUUGGAUGGGAGGGAAGAACAACUUCUUGGGCAUUGCUUAUUUAGUAGUUGGCUCUUUGUGUGUGGUAAUGUCAGUGGUUAUGUUAGUUGUUUAUGCCAAAUUCAAAUUCUCAGAUGAUGAGGCAUGAUGAUGCAAGGUAGCUUUGCUUAUAAAGACCAUCUCGUACAUGCAUCAAAAAACAAGAAAGCAAAGAAAUUAGGCAUUCGUUAGGAUGCAGCCAAAUGUUAUUUUGAGACAUAAACAUCAUGUUUUUAUAAUCACAUGUUAGAAAUUUCUAACUUCCGGGUAUUUGUUUAUUUUUAAUCCGGAAUUGUUCAUUUACUAAAAGAACAUUAAUGUUCCAAGAGUGACAUCUUCAAAUGAGUUCAAGAAUCUAAAGAUCAAAAAUGUUAUCCGAGGUCAUCUUUCAGGGAAUGUUGCAGGGUUUUUUUUAUAUACUUUGACUCUCUCUCAGGUAUAAAAGAUGAAUUAGCAGUUUGAUUAGCUAUUUUGUUUAGUUUCUGGACAAUACAGAUCAAAGAUUUUAAUGAUUUUUACAUUUGUUUAAAACGUAGACUUCUUGACACCUCAAGAAAUGUUUAACAGAUAUAUGGACAGAGACAGUCUCAGGUGCCAUGUCUACCUGUCAAAUUCAUAGCUUGGUUGAAGCUUUGUGUAUGUUUCAUAUAUUGAGAAUUAAAAUGUGUUGUUGCUUGUAUAUUUUCUGUAUUAAACUUAAAAUGCUGUUUUAUUAUAUUAAAACAUUUACACAAGCA